AGUGUGUGGGGUUCAACUGGGUGUCGUCGUCGAGGAUGUGUCAGACAUUGUCGUCCCUCAGGAAUGUCGUCGAGGACACCACCUGCAACUUGUACGUGCCAGACUCGCCAAGUACAUCAGUAGAGUUGAAGUUUAAGUGUGAAAACUGCCACGGCGAAAGCACUCCAGCAGGACUUGACUCAUGGGUACAUCAGUGUGAGCCGUGGGAGGAGUCGGUGGUGGUGGGAGUGGCAGCCUUCUCUUCACUCAGUGACUUGGACUAUCUCCUCUGUAAGACCUUCCCCGGCCUCAUGCUGGACAAAACUUUCGCAGCAGCUAUAAAUGACGACCGCAACUGUAUCGAUCACAUAUCUAAAGGAAAGACGUCUUUUGUCACGGCAGCGUGGGCAGAUGACCAGUUCUUCAACAAUCCCAAAACAUUUACCCACCAGUGUCGCGGGGUUUCAUCUGAGUACAAGGUUGACAGAGACCGGUGUGUGGCUGCGCAGGAGAAGGUAGAGAGUGUAGCUGGGGUGUCGGGCCGCUACCACCUGCUGGUGUGUCCUCCUCACAUGGUCGCUCUCACUCUCUCCUUCAUCCAGGACGUCGGCCCCUCCCUCACCUGCUGCCUCAUUUACUGGACCUCCUUCACCUGCUGCCUCAUCUACUGAACCUCCUUCACCUGCUGCCUCAUCUACUGAACCUCCUUCACCUACUGCCUCAUUUACUGAACCUCCUUCACCUGCUGCCUCAUCUACUGAACCUCCUUCACCUGCUGCCUCAUCUACUGAACCUCCUUCACCUGCUGCCUCAUCUACUGAACCUCCUUCACCUGCUGCCUCAUCUACUGAACCUCCUCACCUGCUGCCUCCUACUG